CCUCUGAGAGCGCAUCUAUAACCCAUAUCGAGUCUUGCAGUGAAAUGAGUCGGACGGCAGCGAUCCAAGCGGCCUUUGCGCCGGCCCACGCCGAGAAACUCAAUGCGUUCCUUCGCCAGGCGCGCCAGGCGGUCGCGACCUCUGCCUCCGUGCAGGUCGUCAUGGGCAACGAGGCCUGCGACGCUGACUCGAUGGUGAGCAGCUUGGUGCAUGCCUUCACGGCCUCGGCGGUGCCCGUCAUGAGCGUCGACCGCGACCAGUUUGCGCUGCGCUGCGAAGUGAGCGCGCUCUUCCGCGCCGCCCACAUUGACGUGGACGCGCUCCUCUUCCAAGACGAGAUCGAUCUCGCCGGCCUCCAUGCGGCGCAGAAGCUGCGCCUCGUCUUGACGGACCACAACAAGCUCAAGGCCGCGCUCGCGCCGCUGGAUGCCUCCGUGGUGGCGAUCAUGGACCAUCACGAUGACCUCGGUGCGCAUGGACAUGUGACAGGCUCGUCUCGUGACAUUGCGUUCGAGCGCACGGACGCGGGCGGCCGCGCGUUGGUCGGGUCGGCCUGCACGCUUGUUGCCGAGCGCAGCCUCUCGCUGGAGCCGCUCGAAGCGACGCUGCUUCUGGGCGUCAUUGCCCUCGACACGAUGAACAUGGACGCGGCUGCCAAGAAGGGCACGGCGCGGGACCAAGCCGUCUUGGACAAGCUCGAUGCACUCUCGCUCGUGCCCCGACACGACCUCUAUGUGUGGCUCGUCGAAGAGAAGUUUAGCCCGGACAACUGGUCGCGCUUCACGUUUGCCAACUGCCUCGCGUACGACUACAAGCGCUUCGAAUCGUCGGGUGUCUCGUAUGGCUCGAGCGCCAUCUUGGUGCCGCUGCCGACGUUUUGGGCCAAGGGAGAGAGCCCGCUGGCGCAGCUGGAAGCCCACCGCGCGCGCCUCGGCCUCACCUUUGCCCUCGUGCAGUCCAUGGUCCAUGCGGUGGACGGGCCAAAGCGCCAGCUGCUCUUGUACUGCCCCGACCGCCGCCUGCGAGACGACCUCGUCGCCUUUUUAAACCGUGCGCCGUUGCAGCUCACACCGCUCGAUGCGCUCGGCGAACCAGCCGUCGACGCCUUUGACCAGGCCAACAUUGCCAUGUCCCGAAAGCAGCUUGUGCCGCUGCUGGAUGGCUACUUGGCGACUUUGCCCAAGAUGUAAAGCCAUACAAUGCGCUGUCCAAUUGCGUCCG